GCGCGGCGGCGGGCUGAGGAGCUGCUGGGCGGCGGCGGCGGCGGCGGCGGCAGGUCGGGAGGUGCCGGGCGGGAGCGGCGUUGGCGCGGGGUCAUCUCCCAGCGCGAACCUGGACAUGGACCCCCUCGGCGGGGGCCAGGGCCCCGGCCGCGGGCCCCGGGACAAGAAGAAGGGCCGGAGCCCGGACGAGCUGCCUGCGGCGGGCGGCGACGGCGGCAAAUCCAAGAAAUUUACUCUGAAGCGGCUCAUGGCAGAUGAGCUGGAGAGAUUUACCAGCAUGAGAAUUAAGAAGGAGAAGGAAAAGCCCAAUUCUGCUCAUAGAAAUUCUUCUGCAUCAUACGGGGAUGACCCCACAGCACAGUCAUUGCAAGAUAUUUCAGAUGAGCAAGUUCUAGUACUCUUUGAACAGAUGCUGUUGGAUAUGAACCUGAAUGAGGAGAAACAGCAGCCUUUGAGGGAGAAGGACAUAAUCAUCAAGAGGGAGAUGGUGUCCCAAUACUUGCACACGUCUAAGGCUGGCAUGAGCCAGAAGGAGAGCUCUAGGUCUGCUAUGAUGUACAUUCAGGAGUUGAGGUCAGGCUUGCGGGAUAUGCCUCUGCUCACCUGCCUGGAAUCCCUUCGUGUCUCCCUCAAUAACAACCCUGUCAGCUGGGUGCAAACAUUUGGUGCUGAGGGCCUGGCCUCUUUAUUGGAUAUCCUUAAACGACUCCAUGAUGAGAGAGAGGAGACUCCUGGAAGCUACGAUAGCCGUAACAAGCAUGAGAUCAUCCGUUGCUUGAAAGCGUUUAUGAACAACAAGUUUGGAAUCAAGACCAUGCUGGAAACAGAAGAAGGAAUCCUACUGCUGGUCAGAGCCAUGGAUCCAGCUGUUCCCAACAUGAUGAUUGAUGCAGCUAAGCUGCUCUCUGCUCUUUGUAUCUUACCACAGCCAGAGGACAUGAAUGAAAGGGUUUUGACGGCGAUGACAGAAAGAGCUGAGAUGGAUGAAGUGGAACGCUUCCAGCCAUUGUUGGAUGGAUUAAAAAGUGGGACCUCCAUUGCACUCAAGGUGGGCUGUCUGCAGCUGAUCAAUGCUCUCAUCACACCAGCUGAAGAACUUGACUUUCGAGUGCACAUCCGAAGUGAACUGAUGCGCCUGGGGCUGCAUCAGGUGUUGCAGGACCUUCGAGAGAUUGAAAAUGAUGAUAUGAGAGUGCAAUUAAAUGUGUUUGAUGAGCAAGGAGAAGAAGAUUCCUAUGACCUCAAGGGACGGCUGGAUGACAUUCGAAUGGAGAUGGACGACUUCAGUGAUGUCUUCCAGAUUCUCUUAAACACAGUGAAGGAUUCAAAGGCAGAGCCACACUUCCUGUCCAUCCUGCAGCACCUGCUCUUGGUCCGAAAUGACUAUGAGGCCAGGCCACAGUACUAUAAGUUGAUUGAAGAAUGUAUUUCUCAAAUAGUUUUGCACAAGAAUGGGGCUGAUCCUGACUUCAAGUGCCGGCACCUCCAGAUUGAUAUUGAGGGGUUGAUUGAUCAAAUGAUUGAUAAAACAAAGGUGGAGAAAUCUGAAGCCAAAGCUACAGAACUGGAAAAGAAGUUGGACUCAGAGUUAACAGCCCGACAUGAGCUACAGGUAGAAAUGAAAAAGAUGGAAAGUGACUUUGAGCAGAAGCUCCAGGAUCUUCAGGGAGAAAAGGAUGUCUUGAAUUCUGAAAAGCAGCAGAUUGCCACAGAGAAACAGGACUUGGAAGCAGAGGUUUCUCAGCUCACAGGAGAGGUUGCCAAGCUGUCCAAGGAACUGGAAGAUGCCAAGAAAGAAAUGGCUUCUCUCUCUGCUGCAGUUACUGCUAUAGCCCCUCCUAGCAGUGCUACUGUUCCCCCUGCUCCUGGCACUGUUACUCCACCCCCAGCCCCUCCUUUACCAAGAGAGCUUAGCAUACCCCCACCACCUCCUCCUCCGGGAGGUGAUACCAUUCCUCCUCCACCACCUCCCCCUCCUUUGCCUGGGCAUGCUUAUAUCCCCCCGCCCCCUCCUUUGCCUGGAAGUGUUGGCCCCUCUGUACCACCUCUUUUGUCUGGGGGUGCUAGCAUCCCCCCACCCCCUCCUUUGCCUGGGGCUACUGUCAUCUCCCCACCCCCUCCUUUGCCUGGGAGUACUGUCAUCCCCCCACCCCCUCCUUUGCCUGGGAGUACUGUCAUUCCCCCACCCCCUCCUUUGCCUGGGAGUACUGUCAUCCCCCCACCCCCUCCUUUGCCUGGGAGUGCUGAUAUCCCCCCACCUCCUCCUCCCUUGCCUGGAGGAGCAGGAAUGCCACCUCCCCCUCCUCCUCUUCCUGGUGGUCCUGGAAUCCCUCCACCCCCUCCAUUUCCUGGAGGUCCUGGAAUUCCUCCACCUCCACCUGGAAUGGGUAUGCCUCCACCUCCCCCUUUUGGAUUUGGAGUUCCUGCAGCCCCAGUUCUGCCAUUUGGAUUGACCCCAAAGAAGCUUUAUAAGCCAGAGGUGCAACUCCGAAGGCCAAACUGGUCCAAGUUUGUUGCUGAGGACCUGUCCCAGGACUGCUUCUGGACAAAGGUGAAGGAGGACCGCUUUGAGAACAAUGAACUUUUCGCCAAACUUACUCUGACCUUUUCUGCCCAGACCAAGACUUCAAAAGCCAAGAAGGAUCAGGAAGGUGGAGAAGAAAAGAAAUCUGUACAAAAGAAAAAAGUAAAAGAGUUAAAGGUGUUGGAUUCAAAGACGGCCCAGAAUCUCUCCAUCUUUCUGGGUUCCUUCCGCAUGGCCUAUCAGGAGAUUAAGAAUGUCAUCCUGGAGGUGAACGAGAGUGUUCUGACGGAAUCUAUGAUCCAGAACCUCAUUAAGCAGAUGCCAGAGCCCGAGCAGUUAAAAAUGCUCUCUGAGCUGAAGGAUGAAUACGAUGAUCUGGCCGAGUCAGAGCAGUUUGGUGUGGUGAUGGGCACAGUGCCCCGCCUGCGGCCUCGCCUCAACGCCAUCCUCUUCAAGCUACAGUUUAGUGAGCAAGUGGAGAAUAUUAAACCAGAGAUCGUUUCUGUGACUGCCGCGUGUGAGGAGUUACGAAAGAGUGAGAGCUUCUCUAGCCUCCUGGAGAUUACCUUGCUUGUCGGAAACUACAUGAAUGCUGGCUCCAGGAAUGCUGGUGCUUUUGGCUUCAACAUCAGCUUCCUCUGUAAGCUUCGAGACACCAAGUCCACAGAUCAGAAGAUGACAUUGUUGCACUUCUUGGCUGAGUUGUGUGAGAAUGACUAUCCUGAUGUCCUGAAGUUUCCAGAUGAGCUUGCCCAUGUGGAGAAAGCCAGCCGAGUUUCUGCUGAAAACUUGCAAAAGAACCUAGAUCAGAUGAAGAAACAAAUUUCUGAUGUGGAACGUGAUGUUCAGAAUUUCCCAGCUGCCACAGAUGAGAAAGACAAGUUUGUUGAAAAAAUGACUAGCUUCGUGAAGGACGCACAAGAGCAGUAUAACAAGCUACGGCUGAUGCACUGUAACAUGGAGGCCCUCUAUAAGGAGCUGGGAGACUACUUCCUCUUUGACCCCAAGAAGGUGUCGGUGGAAGAAUUCUUCAUGGAUCUGCACAACUUCAAGAAUAUGUUUGUGCAAGCAGUCAAGGAAAACCAGAAGCGGCGGGAGACAGAGGAAAAGAUGCGGCGAGCAAAACUAGCCAAGGAGAAGGCAGAGAAGGAGCGGCUCGAGAAGCAGCAGAAGAGAGAGCAACUCAUAGACAUGAAUGCAGAGGGUGAUGAGACCGGUGUGAUGGACAGUCUUCUGGAAGCUCUGCAGACAGGUGCAGCAUUCCGACGGAAGAGAGGACCCCGUCAGGACAGUCCGUUGUGCCCCUGGGAGGAGGAGUUGGAGGAGGAGGAGACCCAUACAUUGCCAACAGGAAGGCCGGGUGUGCAGUCACAUCUUUGCUAGCCUCAGAGCUAACGAAGGAUGAUGCCAUGACUGCUGUUCCUUCUAAGAUGGCCAAGAACAAUGAGGGAGUCUCCACAAUCCUGGAGGAAACCAAGGAGUUGGUUGGCCGUGCAAACUAAGCUGGGGCCUGUGGCCAUAGCAGCCCCACAGGGCGCUCCAGACUGUCUUGCCCUGUAGCCUGUGCCUAAAGGGUCAUGGAAGUAUUCUUCUGCAGUGGCUGCUCCCACUAUCCUGACCCUUUUUCUCUGGCCUGCCGCUCUCUGUACAUCACACAAGCUUCAGCUGCCUGGAGGCCAGCAGGAAAGGGCACUGGGGGUCCGGGGGAGGCCUGAGCCCGAUCCAGCCAGCCCUGGCUGUUGUAUUACCAAAGCAGGCUCCUUGUUUGCUGCCUUAACCCCAAGUGUCUCCUCUCUGUCACCGAGGCCUUGUCUCAGACCAGGCCCCACCUGCUUUUCCAGCCCCUGCUUUUCCAGUGGGUCAGUCUUGCUGGGUGUUUUUCUUUUGUGGUUUCUCCAGCCCUGAGAACAGCAUGGGGCUUGUGAACCUUUGGGCUCUAUCCCCCCUUUCAUUGCUGUUACCUCUGCUCUGCUCUUCCCUCUCCUGGUUGUUAUUUAUUACUUGUGGUGUGACAGUGGGAGCCAUGCCUAGAGAAGUGGGGAGCAAACCCCAUCCUUACCACACCUUCCUCAGAAAGGCGUCCCAGAACAAAAAGGACCUGAACCACUUGAUCUAUUCCACCGUGGCCAAGGGCCUGUGGGGAGGCAAGGUACAGAGGCAUUGGGGGACCUAUCCCUAGCCUGCUGCCAUGUUUGAGGACCCUGCCUCUGUGAACUCUCUACCCCUGCCCCAGGCGACUGAGCCACAGUCACUCCUCACACCUUCCCCAGAGCUUUGGUGCAUCUCAUCUGGAGUAUGGGCUGUACUGUGACCAUCCCAACACCUCACCCUCUGUCUCCAAGGAAAUGGGAGGUGGAGCCUCCUGGCUGAGAAAUUGUUUUGCAAAAUGGAUCUAUUUUUAUAGGAGAUUUUUUUUUUUUUAAAGAAAAUAUUCCUUCCCCCUUCCCCCUUCAUAAUGUAAGAGGCUCUGAUGGCAGGACCCAGCAACCCUGGGAUUUCUCACCACAGGCUUCAAUCCUGAGCAACCCUCAAUCCUGGACUGCCACGUCAGCCCUAAAGCCUUCUGGGCCCUUUGAGGCCAGUGCAGAUUCUCUCUCCCAUUACCCAGUUUUGGGGCAGGAGGAAGCUCUUCCCUGACAGAGCUGGACCAGGCCUAAGAAUAGUGGGAGCUCUGAGACCACAGAGUUUUUAUAAAUGUAAUAUAUUUAUCAAGCCAAAUGUGCAAAUGCUAACUGGACACUGGGCAAGGAAGCACAGGAGUAUGGCCACAUGGCAUCCCCCGCUCCCUUCUGAACAGUAGGCAGGCCAAAACUGUUCAGUAGCCCUGGCUCCAGGAAGCUCAGAUUCUCUGGCUCAAGGUGACACUUUGCCCUCCUUGUGCUUUUAGCUUCCCACCACAGGUAAGGAGAGAACAUGACAUGGUUAGGGUGUGACCCAGAGUGAGAGUUGUUGGAGCAAAGGGGGGACUUACGUGACCUAAGGGUUCCUGCAGGGAGGCCUUCAGGCCAGGAACCAGGGUGCUGGUUGCUACAGCUGCCUGUGUGUGAAGCGGCAACAGCAGCUCCUUUGAGCUCUUCCCUGGAAGGUGGGGGUAGGGAGGAGGCGGCCUCCCUGGGUUCCUUCCUCCUUCCUGCUGAUAUCUGGGGCUUUGACCCUAUCUUUUUUAAUCUACUUUUGCUAGGAUGCAUUUAAUAAAAAAAAAAAAAAAGGCAAACCUAUUUCCCUUGCCUUUUGGGCUUCUGGGAUGUCAUCACCUCCAGUUAUUGGGUUUGUUUCCAACUGUUAAUAAAGCAUUGAAACAGUA